UUAUUGCCGCUGCUUCUCAUCUCACACGCUCCAACACCAUCCUCUCCUACACCGAGUAUCCGCCUACGGAGUAGUACUUCCCAAGCUAGCUCGGAACUCCGCCGCAAUGGCCACCGUAUUGAGCAGCCUCCGCUUGCCCUUCUCCGUCUGCCCCGCCGCCCCUUCGGCGCCCAUGGCAUCCCGCGUCGCGCUCCCGCCGUCGUCGACGGCCGCCAGGGGCAUGAGGCUCCGCGCGCAGGCGACGUACAAGGUGAAGCUGAUCACGCCGGAGGGCGAGGUGGACCUCGAGGUCCCCGACGACGUCUACAUCCUCGACCACGCCGAGGAGGAAGGGAUCGACCUGCCCUACUCCUGCCGCGCCGGCUCCUGCUCCUCCUGCGCCGGGAAGGUGGUCUCCGGCCAGCUGGACCAGUCCGACCAGAGCUUCCUCGACGACGACCAGAUCGAGGCGGGGUGGGUGCUCACCUGCGCCGCGUACCCCACCUCGGACCUCGUCAUCGAGACCCACAAGGAGGAGGAGCUCACCGCUUGAAUUCACUGAUUUGUUUAGUUCGACCCGUUUCCACCGUGCGCGUGUACCAUGCACGACGUACGAACUGUAUCAGGAUAUUGAGGAGUAGUACAUGCUGCUGUGGUCGGAUUUUGAUUGCUUA